AUGGGGAAGAAGAAGCAGAAAAUCGUACUUCCGCCGGAGCUUCCGCCAGAGAUUCCGGACGACGAAGUUGAGGUUUCCGACGAUGACCUCCAAUUCAUCAAAGAGAAUCGCAGCUAUGCCGCCUUACUCUCCAACUUGGACACCCAUUCAAUCACUAAGCAUGUCACACGGGUUGCUGAUGCCAAAGACGAUUCAUUAGAGAAACUUUAUGAGAAACGCAUGCUAAAAAAUGCUCUCAAGAAAGAAAAAGAAGAAACUGGUUUGCAGGUUGAUCGUGUAGAUGCUCUUCCAAUCAAGACAUUGGAUGGAAAACUCCAUUACCGGACAGCUACAAAUACAGUAUCAGAAAAUGAUCCAAGUCGAGAGGGAAUUGAAGAGGAUCUCAAUGCGGAUGAAGGUAUGGUGAAGCUAACUAAGGCUGAAAAGAGAGCCAAACUUAAGAAAAUGAAAAAAGAGGCAAAAAAUCGGGGGAAAGAGGUUGCUGAAGCUGAAGUGGAAGAAACACCACAAGCAGCAGUGCUGGCUGAGGUAAAGGAAGAUCUUUCAGCUGAGGAGGCAUUUGAAAGUAAGAAGUGUAAACUUGCAGAAUUGGGGAAUGCCUUGCUUACAGAUCCAGAGUCCAACAUUAAAUUUCUGAAAGAGAUGGUGCAGAUAUCUAAAGAUAACGAUCAGACCAUUGUUAAACUUGGACUUCUAUCCCUCUUGGCAGUUUUCAAAGAUAUUGUCCCUGGUUAUCGGAUCAGGCUUCCUACUGAAAAGGAACUAGAAAUGAAGGUUUCAAAGACUGUUAAAAAGAUGCGUUAUUAUGAGUCUACUCUUCUUUCAGCAUACAAGGCAUAUUUGCAAAGGCUGGUAGCCUUGGAGAAGAAGCCUUUAUUUCAGCAUGUAGCAGUUCGUUGUAUUUGUUCUUUGCUUGAUGCAAAUCCCCAUUUCAACUUUCGUGAAAGUUUGUUGGAUGCUACAGUCAGAAACAUAAGCUCUACGAAUGAUGCUAUAAGGAAAGUUUGUUGUUCCACAAUUAAAUCACUCUUUACAAAUGAGGGUAAACAUGGGGGUGAAGUUACUGUGGAUGCUGUUCGAUUGAUUGCCGAUUAUGUUAAAGCUCAUAAUUGCCAAUUGCACCCAGAUUCUGUUGACGUUUUCUUGUCCCUUUCAUUUAAUGAGGAUCUCUUGAAGUCUGGAAAGAUAGAAGAAGAUCAGAAAUUAAAAAACAAGAAAAGUAAGAAAAGGAAAAACUUGGAGGCCUCAAAUAAAUUGGUGGAGAAUGAUAGAAAGAAAAGUAGGCAAGAAUCGAUUUCUAAGACAAGAGAAGAGGUUGAAGCUGAUUACAAGGCUGCAUCCUUUGCCCCAGAUGUUAUGGAGAGGAAACAGAUGCAAACUGAAACACUCUCUGCUGUCUUUGAGACAUACUUUCGUAUUUUGAAGCAUACAAAGCAGUCCAUAGGUGCCAGGCCUGAAGCUAAUGCUGGGGCAUUAUCUGCUGCAGUGGAACCCAUCCCUCUGCUUUCUCCAUGUCUGAAAGGACUGGCAAAAUUUUCACAUCUGAUUGACCUUGAUUUCAUGGGUGAUCUAAUGAACCAUCUGAAAGUACUUGCUUCUGGAAGUAGCAACUCAGGCAACACUUCGGACAAGUGUUCUAAAUGCUUGACUGUAUCAGAACGUCUACAAUGUUGCAUCGUUGCUUUUAAAGUGAUGAGGAACAAUCUUGAUGCCUUGAAUGUUGAUUUACAAGACUUCUUUAUCCAUCUUUACAAUCUUGUACUUGAAUACAGGCCAGGAAGAGAUCAAGGAGAGGUGUUGGCAGAAGCUUUGAAGAUAAUGUUAUGCGAUGACAAGCAACAUGACAUGCAAAAGACUGCUGCAUUUAUAAAAAGAUUAGCAACAUUUUCACUAUCUGUUGGAUCAGCAGAUUCCAUGGCUGCCUUGGUCACAAUAAAGCAUCUCCUUCAGAAGAAUGUUAAGUGCAGAAAUUUGUUGGAAAAUGACAUUGGAGGAGGCUCUGUUUCUGGCACAAUUCCUAAAUAUCUACUAUAUUCCACAGACCCCAAUUUAAGUGGUGCCCUUGCGUCAGUACUUUGGGAACUCAAUCUUUUGUCCAGCCAUUAUCAUCCAUCUAUAUCAACAAUGGCCUCGGGCAUUGCAUGCAUGAGUACUGCGCAUAACCAGGUCCUUUUAUCCAAGUCCUCUCCUCAACUAGCUUUUAAGGAAAUGUCUCUCGACCAGGAAUUGUGUUUCACACAGCAAAGUGGCAGUAUAAAAUUAAAUAACAAGAGGAGACGAACACAUGUCCCUGCUACUUCACCUUCCAUAGCUUCCACAACAGUUACGAGUUCAUUUGAUGACAAAGAGUUGCAGAGGAAACUUAUUUCCCAUUUUGUGGUUCAUCAUGACAUCAAGGAGAAUGAAAGGCUGAGAAAGGAGCUGGACAGGACUACGCUAUCACUACAGCUAUAUGAACAAUAUAAGAAACAGAAGAAACUAUCAAAACCAAGGAGAUGA